GAGAAGACCCACCUUUCUUUCCUUCUAUUCUACUCCUCUUCAAGCGAGAGCAUUGGAGAGCGAGGGAGAGGAAGCGAUGGAGAGGAGCACGCCGGUGAGGAAGUCGCACACCUCGACGGCGGAUCUAUUGACGUGGACGGAGGCGCCGCAGGUGGCUCCGCCAACGGCGGAGUGGGGAUCGCGCCGGCCGUAUCAGGUAGGGCCGCCGGCGGCGGGAAAUGCUGUGCUGAUGGUGGGUUUUUCCGGCGGGCCCUUGCAGCCUUCAGGAGGGAUCAGCAAGGUGCUGUUCGGAGGGCAGAUGACAGAGGAGGAGGCCGAGAGCGUGCUCAAGAGGAAACCUUGUUCUGGUCCAAAGUUAAAAGAAAUGACUGGUAGUGGCAUAUUUGCUGCUGAUGGUGAAGAUGAUGAAGCAGAACCUGGCAGUGCUUUCUCAACUCCUAAUAACCAAACUGGUUCACGAAUUUAUCAGCAAACGGUUAGUGCAAUUAGCCAGAUCUCAUUCAGUGCUGAUGAGAGCGUUACCCCCAAGAAGCCAACCUCGAUAGCAGAGGUGGCAAAGCAGCGAGAGCUAAGUGGAACUCUGCAGAGUGAAUCAGAAGCUAAGAUGAAAAAACAGUUAUCCGAUGCUAAGUGCAAGGAACUUAGUGGGCACGACAUCUUUGCUCCUCCGUCAGAAAUUUCACCCAAGCCACUUACAGCACAGAAUUUGGAGAUGAAGGGCAACGACAUUGGAGAAUCCACUCCAAGGAACUCACCACCCUCUACAAAAGUCUCCAGUUCUGAGGGGAAUCCUAGCAGUUUCCUGUUUGGUGAGGAGCCUGUGCUUAAAACAGCCAAAAAGAUUUACACUCAGAAGGCGGCAGAACUGACAGGCAAUGACAUCUUCAAGGGAGAUGCACCAACAGGAUCAGUAGAAAAACCACUGAGCGUGGCAAAGAUGAAGGAGAUGAGCGGCAGUAACAUCUUUGCAGAUGAAAAGACCACAUCUCGAGAUUACUUCGGCGGCAUCCGCAAGCCUCCUGGUGGAGAAAGCAGCAUCACGCUGGUUUGACUUAUCUAACGUAUCGAAUCACUGUGUUGGCGUUCUGAUUUUAGUGGAAAAAAAAUGUUUGUAUGGACUGAUGAAGUAGUGGUUUCUGCAUGAUGGCAUGCAUGUUUGCUCUUACCCUGAUUUCAUGAGAUGUGGCAGUGAUAUUCUAAUUUAACAUUUCAAACCGCAGAGUGGUUGUGACAAAUCCAAUGCACCAACCAACCCAACGAGCAAUUUCUGCUUCAUUUUACAAUGUAUGUUGUAUGAAUUUUUUUCUAGCUAAAUCAGUAUUAUUCUGACACAA